AUGGACGAGGCUGAUAUCAACGCACUGCCUGAAGACAGCAGUGACAAUGAGAACGUUGAGAACGAAACCCCGUCUGAGCCUGAACAAGCUGCCCAGGUACCAUCACUGGUGUCAAAGAAACGCAAGCCAGCAAAAGCAGCAUCUACAUACAGGUCCAAGAAACCGAGACUAAGUAAUCAGGACGACGUCGUCGAUCAGCAAGCUGGUGAUGAGUCUAUGGCAGAGGCACCCAGAACCUCGCAGGCCAAUGAAAUCACCUGGAUUCCAUCUGGAUCUCAGAAAAAGAGAGCUCUGUAUGGAAAGCAGCGCAGUAUACCUCCUCCGCCACAGCGAACGACAUCGCCCAAGCUAAGAAAGACCGCUGCCAUUCCUGAUGCAGUCUCGGACAAUCACCAAAGUCACGUAUCUUUUAAGGAAUAUGACACCGCAAUAAAGGAGCCAGAGCGACCGAAGAAGCAGCUGAAGACAUACGACAUGCCAGCACCGGCCUCUUCAAUAACCAUAACCUCAAGUGGUGGUAGUGAAGCAACUUCAUUAUCUGAGCAGCCGGAUGAACCAAAUCGGUCACCUCUCUCGUCGCCUGCAACAACGCCGAUGUCAGUCAAAGGAGAUGACGAAGAAGAAUCGCAGCAAAGACGUAAUCUAUGCCCUUACUGCAACAAAGAGAUCGACCGCUCACGUCUGGAGGUUCCCGUGGAUCUCAACGAGCUGCGCUAUGCACCCAUUAAAGACCAACAGAAAUUUUGCCGUGAACACAGUGUCGCCGAUGCCCAGCAUCUGUACGAAAAGAACAAUUAUCCUGCUAUGAAAUGGCUAGCUCUGAAAGGAAGGAUCACGAAGCACAUACCCAAGCUCAAGCGGAUACUGCAGCGAGAGAUUGACAGCCACUUCCUUACACAGAUCGAUGCGCGCCUUGCUGGUGUGAAGAACCGCAAACAGAUGCGGCAAUUUCUCGACCAGCAGGGUAAAGAUGUUGAUGCCUUCCCACCGGGGUACUACGGUCCAAAAGGGACACAUAUCAUGGCUGAGGUUAUUGCUUCCAAGUUGUCGAGUAGCCUCAGUGGGAAGGACGUAGACGAUACCCUCAGAAGGAUAGGUAUUGGGCAGUAUGUCCAAUUCGUGCUGGUGCCGGAAUGCACAGCACUACUUGUUAUGGAAGACAUGAAAGUCGCUGAAGAGGAGGCUCGAGUGAUCAUGAUAGAGAGCUCACACGCCGGUGUACUUUUGCACCCGGAAGAUGAAGUGGUCCAUCGACAAGACGAGGAAGACUGA